UGACAGACAGAGAGUGUAACGGUUUGCUUCAGCAACUGACGCAUAAUUUGAGGAACCAUAUUUACUGAAUCCAUGUGCGCAACAGUUACUUUAUUGCCAGUUGUAUAUACGGCGCCCCAUCAACACUGUUGACACAUGAAGUGGAAUUCAAAUCAGUAAUUCAAGUGGUUUCUCAAACGUUUCUUGUACAAAUUAAACAAGGAAGCUGUACUUAGCUUGAUUCUUUACGCAGUCACUUGUACUGAUUUCCCACAAUGUCGGGAGUGGACUAUCAUAAAUUUUCCAACCGUGUGUGCAAUGCCAAGGAAGCCGGUUACAUUGGUAUUGGUUUCAUUAUUGCCGUGGGAAUAAUUGCUGCAAUUAUUCUGGGCAUUUAUUUCGGGACGCAGUGUACCGGUGACGAUCUGCCGUGCCAAGACGGGUACACCUGUAUGCCCAAAAGCGUUUGGUGUGAUGGGAAUUUUGAUUGUCCAGCGGGAGAUGACGAGUGGAAAUGCUAUGCACACGAAUUCUACGUCGCGUUUCGCACACCUUCCCGGCGAUUCACCUAACACAGGCCUCAACGAAUCAUACAGCGCACUACUGAGAGAGAACCUUCCUGUAUACAACGGAUCACGACCGGACAAUGUCGAGCUCUUCCGCUUAAGAAAAGUUGACGAUUCUACCGGACAGACUUUGUUCGACAACGCCACUGGUCCCGGUAUUUCGUGGGCGGCAGAUGCUAUAGUUAAAUAUCCAAUUUUCGGAUUCGUCUGCAAGGUUGAUAACUCGACGACAAUAUUACCGGGUAAUAUAAUCGAUGGCUUGUCAAUGGCACAACCGGAUAACCAAGGAAGGCAGAUACAGUUUCAUGCACCGGGAGCAAACGUAACAACGGGAGUUGCAGUAAUCCUCACCGGACACCCCAAAAGCAAUUGCAAACGGCCUACAGUAUACUGCAAUCUGGUAACUCCCUGCAAGGUUUUCCAGUUCAGCUCCAAGGGAUGCCCGUCCUAUCCGUGCACGUGCGCAACUCCUGCUUCCCAAGACGUCGAAUGCACGGACGCAGAGAAAAAAUAGAUAUUUUUUUCAAAUUACAGCAGAGUGCUUAGUUACUGUGUUCAGUUACUUGAAGUUCUGUUCCACGAAAAUUUCUGUGUUAAUCCUACAACGAGGUAUCCAUCCAACGCGGCUACAAAUGGACAACACCGGGCUGAAGGAUCUAAAUUUUGGAUAGUACUCGUGUUCUUUGUUAUAUUCAAUACGGCUCGUAGGUGAAAUUUGUACAAUAAAAAUAGCCAAAAUUUUGUAAAAAUGCUGCUUUAAUUAAAAUAUGUGUCGUUCUGUG